AUGAUUCUGCCUCCACAAUCUCACCUCACUCAACUGUUGGUGGAAUCCUGUCACCGCCGAACACUCCAUGGAGGAGUGCAGCUCACUCUAGGCUUGUUGAGAUUACGAUUCUGGAUCCCUCGAGGACGAGCCAUCGUAAAACAAUGGUUGCAUCGGUGCGUCACGUGUACCAGAUGGAGAGGAGUCACGCCGCAGCCGCCAAUGGACAACCUUCCUCGAGGACGCAUAACUCCAGCACGUCCAUUCCUCAAAACCGGUAUUGAUUAUGCCGGGCCAAUAUUCAUUCGCACGACCCGAGGACGUGGACAUCGGUCACACAAGGCAUUCAUUGCCAUUUUCGUAUGCCUCUGCUCGAAGGCGACUCAUCUCGAGGUCGUCUCUGACUACACGACGGACGCAUUCUUGGCCGCACUCCGCCGUUUCACUUCACGAAGAGGGCUGUGCUCGGACAUCUAUUCCGAUUGCGGUACGAACUUCACUGGCGCCGACCGGCAGCUGAGAGAGUUUCUUAGUGCCUCAUCCACCGACGGCCGUCGCAUUGCUUGCGUUGCUGUCACAGAAGGGGGAUCGGAUGAUGGCAUUUCAAUCCACCAUCUGCUCUACACUUUGGAGGCCUUUGGGAAGCAGCCGUGA